GCAGCUCUCUAUGGUUUCCAAAGGUCAGUAUUUAGGAUGGACUUUCUUCUUACAUCCUGUUCUCAUGGAAGACACAUGACCAUGAGCCAACUACUUAAAAAGAGCUGUGGUGGUCUUUAACUAGCAGCUUGAAAGAAGUGUUUGUGUGUAUCUGCACUUGUCAGUCCAGGAACAACCCGUGAGACAGAAGGAGUGAGGUAAAACGCUGAUUCUAAUGUUCAAUGAGCUAUAUUACAGGUAUGUCCAGAAGAGUAAGCUUUAUUCGAUGUUAUGGGCUGCUUUUAUAUCUCUAAAAUGGCCUGAGGAUCCUGGCGCUUCCACUUCGCACUCGGACCAUUCUACUCACACCAAAUCUGUUUCUGCUAUAUCGUCCGACUCGAUCUCCACCUCAGCAGACAACUUCUCUCCAGAUUUAAGGGUCCUGAGAGAGACUAAUAAAUUGGCUGAAAUGGAAGAGCCACCUUUGCUACCAGGGGAAACCAUUAAAGACAUGGCUAAGGAUGUUACUUACAUCUGCCCCUUCACUGGAGCAAUCAGAGGAACCCUUACUGUUACCAAUUAUAGACUGUAUUUUAAAAGCAUGGAACGGGACCCUCCUUUUGUCCUAGAUGCAUCUUUAGGUGUAAUCAACAGAGUGGAGAAAAUUGGAGGUGCUUCCAGUCGUGGUGAGAAUUCCUAUGGACUGGAGAUUGUAUGCAAGGAUAUUCGAAACUUGCGAUUUGCUCAUAAGCCUGAAGGGAGGACUAGACGGUCCAUAUUUGAGAAUCUAAUGAAAUAUGCUUUCCCGGUUUCAAAUAACCUGCCACUUUUUGCAUUUGAGUACAAAGAGGUUUUCCCAGAAAAUGGAUGGAAAGUGUAUGACCCAACUUGGGAGUACAGAAGACAGGGAAUUCCCAAUGAAAGCUGGAGGCUGACCAAGAUUAAUGAGCGCUAUGAGCUUUGUGAUACAUACCCUGCCAUUCUAGCUGUGCCUGUAAACAUUCCCGAUGAAGAAUUAAAGAGAGUAGCAUCUUUCAGAUCAAGAGGACGCAUACCAGUCUUGUCAUGGAUUCACCCAGAAAGUCAAGCAACGAUCACUCGCUGUAGCCAGCCAAUGGUGGGAGUGAGUGGCAAGCGAAGCAAGGAAGAUGAAAAGUACCUUCAAGCCAUCAUGGAUUCUAAUGCUCAGUCCCAUAAAAUCUUCAUAUUUGAUGCAAGGCCUAGCGUGAAUGCUGUAGCCAAUAAGGCUAAAGGAGGGGGCUAUGAGAGCGAGGAUGCCUAUCAGAAUGCAGAAUUAGUGUUCUUGGACAUUCACAAUAUUCAUGUUAUGAGAGAGUCGCUGAGAAAACUGAAAGAAAUUGUGUAUCCCAAUAUCGAGGAGACUCAUUGGCUGUCUAAUUUAGAGUCAACUCACUGGCUAGAGCAUAUCAAGCUCAUUCUUGCUGGAGCCCUCCGAAUUGCUGACAAAGUAGAGUCAGGGAAGACAUCUGUGGUUGUACACUGCAGUGAUGGUUGGGACCGGACAGCCCAGCUCACCUCUCUCUCUCUGCUCAUGUUGGAUGGCUACUACCGAACUAUCAGGGGCUUUGAAGUCCUGGUGGAGAAGGAGUGGCUAAGCUUUGGCCACAGGUUUCAGCUGAGGGUUGGCCAUGGAGAUAAGAAUCAUGCAGAUGCUGAUCGCUCUCCUGUCUUCCUCCAGUUCAUCGACUGUGUCUGGCAAAUGACAAGACAGUUUCCUACAGCAUUUGAGUUCAAUGAGUACUUCCUAAUCACCAUCCUGGAUCACCUGUACAGCUGUUUGUUUGGGACCUUCCUGUGCAGCAGUGAGCAGCAGAGAGUGAAGGAGAGCCUUCCAAAAAAGACCGUAUCACUUUGGUCUUACAUCAACAGCCAACUGGAAGACUUUACUAACCCCUUGUACGUGAGCUACUCCAACCAUGUCCUGUAUCCCGUGGCCAGCAUGCGCCACCUCGAGCUGUGGGUCGGCUACUACAUCCGCUGGAACCCCAGGAUGAAGCCUCAGGAACCUGUCCAUAAUCGCUACAAGGAGCUUCUGGCCAAGCGGGCUGAGCUGCAGAAGAAAGUAGAGGAACUGCAGAGAGAAAUCACCAACCGUUCCACCUCAUCCUCAGAGAGAGCUGGCUCUCCUGCACAGUGUGUUGCUCCUGUACAGACAGUUGUAUAAUAUGGACUUCUUCUUGCUGAGUACCUUCCCAGGACCAUGGGGUCAACUUUUUUGAAGACCCCUGGAUUUCCAGCAUGGUACCUGGGGGAUGCCAACCUAUUUAUUUAUUUCUCUCCAGGGUAAUUUAUUAGUACUGUAGCACUAGAGAAAGCUUAAGCAAAAAACAACAGACAAGGCCCCCUAUGCAAUUAAUCUUCUCAGUGGCUAGCUUAUAAUACAAUCCAAUUGCACUUGCCCCCUAAAAGAAAACUAGAGCUUGCUCUUUGCUCACUGAUGUGCUGGAAAUCACUUGGUUUUAAAGAGAGAGACUGCACUAGAAUGAAGUACUGAGGAGGAAAAACAUCAGCUCAGAAGUUUGAAAGGUCUCCCCUUUGCUAAAAGGAAAGACUAAAUCUGACUUUGUAUUGAAGCCUGAAAUGCAGCUGUAACAGAACAAACCCUCUGCUAUUAAUGUCUGCACAGCAGUGUGAAUGAGGGCAUUUGCCAGCACACUUGGAGACAAGCAGUGAUAGUGUCUGAAACAUAUCACUCCCUUCACCUUGAUCUAGAUCAUAGGAAGCCAUGCAAAUGAUGCCUUAUUUAAAGAAAGGGCAGCUCCUCCCAAUAAAACACAAUGCUAGAGGAGAAACUACAGGACUUGAUUUUGUAGGAUGUUUUACUUCCAUCCCUGCAACUCUAGAAUCUCACUUACAGUUUACAGUGGGUGUGCCAGGAUGCAACUUAAGCACCUUUAUUUCUGAGAGGGGAGCACAGCGUGGCUCCCCUGGGCUUUCCGCAGCUCCUCUGGCCUCCUGUGCCUCAUAGUCACCAGGGGAAAGGUAGUGGAAUACCACAGGGCAUGUGUGAACUGCUGGGAUCAGCCAUUACAUUUUGCUUGGGUAAGCAUAAUUAGUGACUUUAAUGCUUCUGUGCAGGAUCAUAGUGGUGUACUUACGGUAUUUCAGUGUUGUUAACUAAUGAAAACAACUGUACAUCAACCAAAGACGCCUUUUUGCCUGCAUUCCAACUGCUGCUUUAGGUUAUUCUGGCAGACCUAACAUCUUAGCCAGUUUCUGAGCUCUACAUUUAGGCCUUUUUCAGCAUAGUCUGCUUCAAGAAUUAGGAUCACUUGACUAAACUCAAGUUGAAAUUCAGUUUUAAUAUAAAAUUUUACUGUAAAACAGGGGAUAAAAUACACACUUGGUAAAACCAUGACUUCCCCAUUGUUCUUCCAAAAAGGUAAGCACAGGGCUGUAGAAGAUUGGCCUUACAGGGAAGGCACUUAGCUAUGUGCAAGGCUGCUUCUCACUUCCAUGCUAAGGAGGAGGGCACUGCUUGGUGGGGGUUCUUGUGUUGCUCUUUUAUGACAGGAUCCCAUUCUGUGGUCAUCUGUCAGCAUGCUGCUUCACUCAGCUGCUCUUCCACUAUAGAGAAGGAUUUUCCAAGAGAGUACAAGAGUGGACCAAAUUUCCACAUAAGAUAUUGCCUUUCAAAAGCCACAUUCCUUCCCAUGCAGUAACAGUAAUUUCCCCCUGCAGCCUCCACUUUUGCCUGCUAUACUACUGCAAUCACCAUCUCCAUGCUUUACAGAGAAAUCCACAGCCACCUUCUGACAAGAUGAAAACAGCUGUACAGCAUCAGCACAUUGUUAUAGGGUGGCCUGAGACAGUAUGGUUCAAUAGUGCAAAAGAAUCCACACAAAAUACUUCUGAAGGACUUGGAUUUGCUUUUAAGGUAAAGGGCAGAUCUGCUCUUACGUACAAUCAUUAUACAAGACGGUUCAUAGCAUUCUUCCAUAUUAGCAAACUGACUAUGUGUGUAUAUUUUGUUUCUUGAUGGAGGCUGUUUGGUUUCGUUAACACUAAUAAAAACUGAUAAAAGGGUAA